GUCCUUAACUGUUAUUGUCCACAUGAAAGUGAAGUCUCAACGUCUUUCCACAGGUCAACAACAGUCCAUUUAAAACCAAUGGAGCGUGUAUGACACAUCAAUACGAUGUAGCAGUUGGAGACAGUAAAAACAGUUUACUUUUCACACAGAGCUGAUAAAAGUGAGACACAUUCAGAGAGUUGCACCUUUAGAUGGGUGUGGAGACACUCAGGAUCUGCCUACAAAAGCACAGCGGCUUCUUACCUACUUGUAUACAGUUGCACGAGUAAACCAACGCCACGAUGCUGACUUCUAUCCAGCUGAUGAUUUUGCUUUUUUGGACGAGCAUUAGCUCAGCUGAUGCAGAGAAACUUUUCCAUAAUCGGGAUCAUUCUGAUGUGCAGACCCUUGAUUCUCACCAAGCUGAGGUUAUAACAGACAAGUACACAGCCGAGUUAUUUCUCUCUAAAUAUGGAUUCAUUAAGCCAGUGAACUGGGACGAGAUCCAGUUUGAAGAUUCAGACACCUCUUUUACUGAUGACUUCCUGGAUGGCCUUGAAGACACGAUCCAGGAAGGAACCUUGGUGCAUCACUCAAGGGAUGCUGGUGAUCAAGGUGAUCGCAACAGUCUAACUGAGAGCGAAGCGUUUAUUUCAGCACUUAAAGAGUUUCAGAGGGUAUCGGGCCUGCCUGCCACAGGGGUGUUUGACGAGGCCACUAAACAGGCAAUGAACAAACCAAGGUGUGGAGUCCCCGACAAGGAGAUUGACCUGGACACCCCUGUAGCACCUGAGAACAGCAGUGCCUCAGAUAUUGAAAACAGUUCCAGCAACACUUUCAUUGAGACUGAAAGUAAUAACACAGCCAGUAAUAUAACCACUGAUACUUAUUUUGGUAGUCUUAACUCCUUUGAAGAUGACAUAUUCAAUGGAAAUGACACAGAAAGUAUUCUAACAGGCAUUUCUAAUUACACCAGCAUGAAUUACUCAGACUUCUAUGAUCCUUUUUUAAAUAACACUUCUUCAAAUAGCUCACAUUACAUCACCAUGGAUGGUCAAGUGGUAAAUAUCAGCGUGAGCACCCAUCAGAGCGAAGCAGUGCGACGCAGGAAACGUCACCUCGCCGCACUUGUGUCCAAAAGCAGACGCAAGAGAGAUUUGAGUGAAACGGGCUACAUGGCCUUCUCUAAGAGGAUGUUAAAAUGGAGGCUGAUAGGAGAAGGUUACAGCAGCCAGCUGUCCAUAGAAGACCAGAGGUACAUCUUCAGACUGGCCUUCAGGAUGUGGAGCGAGGUGUCUCCGCUGGAGUUUGUGGAGGAUACACGUUCCCCGCUGGAGGAUGUUGAUAUCAGGCUGGGCUUUGGCACAGGAAGGCAUCUGGGCUGCAAUCAGAGGUUUGAUGGCACUGGUCAAGAAUUCGCCCACGCCUGGUUCCUGGGUGAUAUACACUUUGAUGACGACGAACAUUUCACUGCUCCCAAUGCUGGCAGUGGGAUCAGCCUUCUCAAAGUAGCAGUUCAUGAGAUCGGCCACGUUUUGGGUCUACCCCACAUCUACAGAGCUGGCUCUAUAAUGCAGCCGAGCUAUCUGCCCCAGGAGACAGGCUUUGAGAUGGACUGGAUGGACAGGAAGGCCAUACAGCACCUCUAUGGGGCCUGUAAGGGUCGAUUCAACACAGCAUUUGAUUGGAUCAGGAAGGAGAGGACGCCCUACGGAGAGGUUGUCAUCCGCUUUAACACCUAUUUCAUGAGAGACGGAUGGUACUGGCUAUAUGAGAACAGACACAACCGGACACGCUUUGGGGAUCCAGUUGCACUGCAGGCUGGCUGGCGUGGGAUUCCCGUGGAUGGAGUGGAUGCCUAUGUGCAUGUGUGGUCCAGAAAAAGAGACGCUGUGUACUUCUUUAAAGGUGCUCAGUUCUGGAGGUAUGACACUGAGAAUGACCAGGCUUAUAGACAGGACCCUGAAGGUCACCACUAUCCAAGGUUAAUCUCUGAAGGUUUCCCAGGGGUGUUCAGUCCCAUUGACACAGCCUUUUAUGACAGGAGGGACUCUCGCAUCUACUUCUUCAGAGGCACUCUUGUGUAUGCAUUCGACGUGGAAGCCAACAGCUUGGCAAGAGGCUUCCCCAAAAACAUCAGAGAUGUUUUCCCUCCAGUGGUGAGUGGGGACCAUCCAGAUGGCAACAUUGACGCUGCCUACUUCUCCUACACCCACAAUGCCAUCUUUCUACUCAAGGGCACACACUUCUGGCAGGUGGUGGGCAGCCGCGAACGCUGGCGCCGGCCCUUUCUGCCGCAAAAUGGCCUGCUGCCACACAAGGAGGUGGAUCAACACUGGUUCGACAUCUGCAACGUUCAUCCCACUGCACUCAAACUAACUCGCUGAGUUUGCUGAAGCAGAGACUCAUUAAACCGUACUGAUGUGUACUGAUGGGGUCUACUGAUUCACCUGUUAUAUGUUUACGUGUUGUCAUAUGUGUGUAGCAUCCAUUGUCUAACUUUUUAAUGUUUAUAAUUUAAGAUCUUAAAGACAAAAAUAACUGAAUAUUUUUGUUGGCUUACUUUUUAAUGAGGUGUGUUAUUAAUAUAUCAGCUGCUCUGUCUGUCUCUCACUUAGAGGUGCCAAAUGCAUACUGGCAUGAAAACAAUCCCAAAGGACCUCCUAUGAUUAAGAUAUUUAGAGAGUCAGGGAGAAUAUACUUAUUUAUAGAUAGUUCACUCAUGCUUUAUACAGACACCUCAUUUUACUUACACUGUGGAGAAAAUGCUAUCAAAUGGCACACUUACAAAGAAAAGGGGAUGUUCAUGCAAAAACAGGAAAUAAUUUCAUACCUCUCAAUCUCCCAGUCGCCAGAAGAAAAUGUUGGCAUUGUAUGUUUCUGGAAAUCACAAAUGUGUUUCAUUGGCAUGCCCCAUACAUAUUAUAUCUAAAAUGUUUCUAAAAUGAUGUAUAUAAAAGCUGAUUUUGUCAUCAAGAGGUGGAAGGGAUGGUGGAUGGUGUGUCACCAAAGUCAGAUGCCUGCCAAGCUGAAGACCACUGCAGGCCACCAUUCGAGACCAACAAACAACAAAACCAGUUGUU